UUGCGAAACCCCUAAAACCUCGAAAGCGAAAAUGGAGCUGCAAUGUGCUUGCGCUUUGCUUCACAAUCGAGUGUCUGCCUCCAAAGUUUCUCCUUUCCACUUUCACGCCGAUUCUCCUUCAUCUUCAUUAGGGAAACAGUCUAAGAGCCAUGUAAGACUGAGGAAGCAAACCCCUCUGCUCCGGUAUGAGUUGAAAUUGAAUUCUUGGCCAAGGAAUGGGGCAAUAGUAUGCCUGUCUAAUUCAAGCUCAUCUGAGAAGUUGAGUUCCUCUGAAACAGAAAAUAGAAGUGUGGCUGCUAAUGGCAUUAGUGGGUGGGAACCAUUUCAGGGUAAAACAGGCUGUGUUUCUUUUGCUGGGCUGACUCACCAAUUGGUGGAAGAAAGAAAAUUGGAGUCUGCUCCUUCUGGGGAAGAAGCUCAAUCUUUUAUGUGGGUUGUUGCCCCUGUUGCACUAAUCUCGUCGUUUUUGCUUCCCCCAUUUCUUGUUUAUAUUGCUGUUGAUGGCAUCAAGAAUGAGGUUUUCUCAGAAAUUUUGGCUUCAUUGAUCUCAGACGUCAUGUUCUACAUCGGAUUAGGAGUGUUUCUUUCUGUAACUGACCAAGUUCAGAAGCCAUAUCUGGAGUUUAGUGCAAAGAGGUGGGGCCUGAUAACUGGCCUUCCAGGUUAUCUACCUUCGGCCUUCGUUGUAAUGGGCAUUAAGAUAGCUCUCCCGCUUAUUGCGCUUCUUGUCACCUGGCCGGUGCUUGGUACAACAGCCUUGGUUGGAAUAGCGCCUUUCUUAGUUGGUUGUCUUGUUCAGUAUGCAUUCGAGAGGUAUCUUGGACAACAUAAAUCGUCUUGUUGGCCUCUAGUCCCAAUUAUUUUCGAGGUUUAUAGGCUCUACCAGUUGAGCAGAGCCAUGAGCUUUGCUCAGGAUUUAGUGAUAGCCACGAGAACGAUUCCUAAUGUGACAGAAGAGUUCAUUCAAAGAACUGCAGCAUUGUUUUCGCAGAUAAUGAGUUUCCAAGUCUUAGGUGUGGUUUGCCUUUGGUCUUUGUUAACCUUUCUUCAAAGACUCUUUCCUUCUAGGCCUGUCGCCGAGAACUAUUAACAUUUGCAGAAGAUGCAGUAUCGUUUUUGUGUCUUUUGCUGUAAAAGGAUUUUUUGUUUCAAGUUUUUGACCCUAUUUUUCAUAGUAAAAGCAUUUUCAACAGAUGAUGUUUGUCUCCAA